GGUACUACCAAAAUCCCUGAGCCAGAUUAUACCACAAUGCUGGGGCCAGGUACUACCAAAAUCCCUGAGCCAGAUUAUACCACAAUGCUGGGGCCAGGUACUACCAAAAUCCCUGAGCCAGAUUAUACCACAAUGCUGGGGCCAGGUACUACCAAAAUCCCUGAGCCAGAUUAUACCACAAUGCCUGGACCAGGCUCUACCAACAACCCUGAGCAGGAUUAUACCACAAUGCCUGGACCAGGCUCUACCAACAACCCUGAGCAGGAUUAUACCACAAUACUGGGGCCAGGUACUACCAAAAUCCCUGAGCCAGAUUAUACCACAAUGCUGGGGCCAGGUACUACCAAAAUCCCUGAGCCAGAUUAUACCACAAUGCCUGGACCAGGCUCUACCAACAACCCUGAGCAGGAUUAUACCACAAUACUGGGGCCAGGUACUACCAAAAUCCCUGAGCCAGAUUAUACCACAAUGCUGGGGCCAGGUACUACCAAAACCACUGAGCCAGAUUAUACCACAAUGCCUGGGCCAUGCUCUACCAACCUCCCUGGGCCAGCUUGCACCAUGGUUCCUGAGCCAUGUUCCACCAAUACCCCUGACUCGGGUUGUACCAUGGUUUCUGGGCCAUGCUCUACAAAUGUCCCUGAACCUGGCUAUGUGAAUGCCUCAGAGCCCAACUAUACCAAGGUCCCUGAUCAGGGCUAUACCAAGGUACCUGGUCAGGGAUAUUCUAAGGUACCAGAGCCAUGCCAAUCCAAGGCUACUGAGGUGUACCCCACAAAUGUCACUCCAGAAUUGGCUCAGCAGAAGACUAAGCAGAAGUAACACAGCCAGGCCCUUGAAGAGCCAACCACCUGCUGCUGAAUUCCUUCUUGUCUGCUUCUUUCCCUAUUGUCUAGAGACAGUAAUUUGCUACAUUCUCUAUUGUACCCUAAAAAUGCAUGCCAUGGUGUCUUCCCUCACACCCUCAAGGUGUCUUUAGAGCCUCUGAGUUAAACAUAAAGUCUCAGUGCUUUGAAUGGUCUUUGAUUCCUCAGAGUUCAUCUAUGGGAUUCUUUAUGGGAAAAAAAAUGCAUGUUUCCUGCUUUGACCCAUUAAAUUGCUUUUAACGCCA